AUGCCUAUCAAAGUUCCGAAAUCGUUCGGGAGGGAGGGUCAUGACCUCUCGGAAAUUCGUCAAAUUUUACAAGAAGGCCCAACAAUUUCCAGGAGAGGAAAAAUCUCCUCGUCCCAUCGAGGCAGACCACCCCCCGUCGCACAACUUCCUCAGCGCCGGACCCUCAUUCAAACCGGGUUCUAUCGUGGAUCCACCAGUCUUGCCUAUGAAGAUAUUCCCUAUGAUCCCGAAUCCUGCAAUUCCGACGCGAGGAGCGACGGAGCACGCGUGGAUGAACCGGUCGAUGUUCUGAUAAAUCCUGAAACUUCAUCGCCGUUCGCGACUCCGACUACGAAUCGGUUUUCCUCCCCGCUCCACUUCCCGACGCUGGAUACAGAGGACGACGCGGCUAACUACAAGGCGCAAUACGCUCGUAAGAAGGCUAAUCAGUGGCGCCGGUGGCAAACAGAGACAAUUCCGGAACUCAUAACGCCUUACAUGGACUACAUCUGGGCUACCUCUCAUAUGGCUGACCCGCCAUCUCUUCCACGAUGUACUUGUCAGGAGCCGGGGAGAAAAUUGAGCGUUUUGGCAGUGUAUUGCGAACGGCUCGCGCAGAUCGACCUCUCUAUUUGCACCUGCAUGUCAGCUGCGCGACAACUUCUAGCCCGAGGGUUAUUUCCGUGUGCUCCUCAGUCUCCGUCUCUCGCAUUUGAUCUGAAUAUGCUCGAACUAGUGUCAACAUUAUUCUUAAAUGUUGCGCCGAACGUCACUGCAUGGACUACCACAUUGGAGUCUUUUCUUGGUGUCCGAAAAUUCCGGUUGAAAACUCAAGAUUCUUUGCGGAGACGUUUCAACAACGCCCUUAACUGGUACAUCUACCUGAUCGAUCAUGUGAAGGAGAAAACGAUUGCGGCCAUAGAGGCAGCCCGGAAGGCCAUCGCGCGGGUAUCGAACAUCGAGGGGAAUUGCUCGACGACGUCUACAGCGUCGGCACCGCCCACAUCCUCCGCCCGUCCCCGACCAUCGGUUGUUACAGGCCGAGGCCGAGCGUCAAACCUCGCAGAGGAUUCCUCGGCACCGCUUACAGCCGCGGUAGUGUCUGCACCAACCGCACCUCCCCGAGCACCCGUGGCUGCAGGAGGUCGGGAAACAUCAACCCUCGAGAGGAAUCUCUCGCCGACGACCACUCCAUCCAUGCCACCCACAUCCUCCGCUCGUCCCCGACCACCGGUUAUCGCAGGCCGAGGCCGAGCGUCGAACCUCGCGGAGGACUCCUUGGCACCGCCUACAUCCGCGCCUACAUCCGCGAGGUCCUCGACGACGAGAAGCCGCGCGUCGAACGCCGAAGAGGAUCCCUCCCCUCCUGGCGCGCCCCGCUCGACGGCCAGCUCGGACGGGUGGCCGACAGCUCCAAGCGAGUACCUGCGUUCACGAUGCCUGUUAUGCUUCAGCGAAGGUGCUCCAUCCGACUGCGACGACUCCCCCGACGUCAUCAUCUGCCUCGACGCGUGCUUCACGCAGAAGCGUUGCGCGACAGGCGGUAGGGACCCAGCUCGGCGACAUCCAGCCUCUGUCUUUAUCCCCGAGGCCGAAGUAUUAGCAAUGGAGAAAUUGCUUGCAGAGAGGAAGAAAACGCAGGCGAAGCCUGCGAAGGCGCGACCACAAACCAAUGUCUCUUCCGGCGGCCCAUCGGAUGGCGAUACAAAUCAGACGACUCGGAAACGGAAACGGAAAGAGGCAUCGACAUCAAUUCACUGCGAGGAUGAUCGUUGUGAAGGGCCGCUGAAGCUUCCGAACUCGGUGCUGGACGGUUGCGAAGCGUCUUUCAAGGCGGCGGACGAACAACGGGAGAAAGCAAGCACGCGAUUCUUUGAUGACACCGCACUCAUGGCCCUCGUGUGCCGCCACGAUCGUGUGCUCUGGUUGGCCAACAUGACCAGUGCCGGCGAGCGCCAGCACUACGCGAUCGCACUGUUGGAGAAGUUCUUCCAACAUGUUCCAUCCUGGAUGCAAGUCGGACUCCUGUACGAUAUCGGAUGCCAAUUGGAGAGGAGUUGCUACCGGUGGGACCUACUACCAGAGUACCGCAAUCGAAUCACCUUCGGCAUUUCGGUGUUCCACGCGUACGGUCAUCAGUGGGAGUGCCAAGUCUUCUAUCACCCUCGUAAGUGCAAGGGUUUCGGGCUGUCGGAUGGAGAGUCCUGUGAACGGCUUUGGAGCUCUCUCGACCACUUGGUGCCGCCGUUACGCGUGAGCGGGUUCUAUCAGCGCCUCUACGUGCUCGAUAGGCAGAUACACCACCUAGAUGGUUGCCAUCGGCGUACGCUGGGGGAUUGGCUAGCAAGAAAACAUCACGCGUAUCUCAUGCGUUUGAUUGCCGCCGAACGCGGUCUAGCGCACUGCAAAAUCCCGCGCGAAGUACUUUGGAAGGAAUGGGACGCCCAGCGCAUGGCGCAGACGAAGCCUAAACAACGACAAACAAAGGAUGCCGGUACGAAGGUUAUCGAAUCGAUUCUCCUCAUACAGGACCAGCUGCGCGUCAUCGAAAAGACCAUAGCCGACGUCGAGCGGAAGAUCUUGACCGGACGCGGGGAUGCAAGUACGACGUCGUACCUGGAGGAGCUCCUUGACGAACAGAGCCGCGCGAGAGCGAAGAAGCACAACCUCGAGAACGGACUGGAUUUGCGCAGCCGUCAAAACCUGGAAUCACUCCGGGGGAGCAAAUACCUUACGCAUCGGGUGAAUGCGUUGGCGCUGAAAACCCGGCUCCGGGACCGCCUGCGAAAUCGUAAAUCUGAAACGUCGCGGGUUGAGCGAUCCUUUCGCUCGCAUUCUUCCAACAAGAAAUUGGCAUCUCACACGCAGAUAGCCGUCCUAAGGCGCGAGCAAGGCAUCGAAGCCGUCGCGCGCAAGUACAACAAGCUAUGCUCUGAAAUGGCGGAGCUCAUUCGGAAAAGGCAAGCACCAGCAAGAGCCGUACCGCCGGUGCCGAUCAAACUCGAGUCGCUGUGGAGUCUCGACGUCGACGAUGAUAUUUGGCAGGAUACCGGCCUUUUCGACGAUGAGGGAGAGGGCGGGUCGCCGCCAAGAUGGCUUGCCGACGAGAAGGUCCGAGAUGGCAUUCGGCACAUGCUCGAGGCCGACAGAUGCAGGGAGGAGGGCGUUCGAAUCGCGAAGGAACGAAAAACUAUGCAGCGCUGGCUGCAAGAUGAGUGGUCCGCCGUCAACUACGCGCUCAACGAAAAGGGUAUACGCCCUGGUUUAGCGCAUCAACUUUCGAUUCAACGAGACGAGUUGCUGGCCCUCGCAGUGGUCUGGCGACGAGACGUCGCCGCAAUUCCCGCAGAUCCGGCUUUGGGUAGCUCAUGGGGCCCUACCGAAGUGGAAAUGACGGAAGCGAUAUGUCGUGAUGUAUCGAAAGAGGCAGAACUCGGGCCGGAGCUGGAAGAUGAUGCCUACGACCCGGACGACUAUGUCGACGCGGAAGGACGACUCAUACAUCUCGAAGACGAUCCAGCCGACAUCGAAGAUCUGGCGGCACUUUGCGAGACGGUAGAAGAAUUACGCCUGAAUGUGGAAGAGAAUUACGGCGAGCUGUGGAGGAACGUGACACCGUCGACACCACGUCUCUCGUCGGGGAUCAGUAGCCGCAUGUCGUCGCUUGGUCCAUUCACGCCGAUAUCCUCCCCGAUGGGAUAUGAUCGGCAAUCAUUCACGCCUCAAGCCGCGCGCACACCACCUAUGAGCCGGGGACUACAAUCAGGAUCAUUGGCUGAAUAUUAUAGUGGAGACUAUCCCGCGACACUGUCAAAGCGUCCACGACAUAGGUAG